CAAAAACUCGCGCGAUGGCGUCGAGGUCCGCGCUUCGUCGCGCGACCGCGGUGAUCCGGUCCGCGUAUGCCGCGCGCGUCGGCCAGGCGCCGUGCGCGAGCGGGUCCUACGCGCACGGGCUUCUCGACGCGAAGGACGAGCGCGGCGCCCCGUCCACCUCGCGCCGCGGCGGCGACGCGCGCGGGUUCGCCGCGUCGAGCGCCGCGUCGAGCGACGACCUCCCCUCGCAUCAGAUCGUCCCGUUCCCUUCGCUGUCGCCGACGAUGACGCACGGCGGCAUCGCGGCGUGGAAGAAGAAGGAGGGCGAGUUCGUCGCCGCGGGGGACAUCCUCGCGGAGAUCCAGACGGACAAGGCGACGAUGGAGAUGGAGUCCAUGGAAGACGGCUGGGUCGCGAAGAUCUUAGUCGCGGAGGGCGCGGAGGACGUUCCCGUCGGAAAGCCCGUCGCGGUGCUCUGCGAGGAGCAGGACGCCGUCGGCGCGUUCAAGGACUACGUCCCGCCCGCGGAGGACGCGAGCCCGAGCGGCGCGAGCCCGGCAGACGCCGCGUCCGCGUCCGCGCCCGCGCGCGCGGUCCUCGAGCGCCCGGACUACCGCCCGAUCGGCGAACGCGGCGUGCCGCUCACCGGCAGCCGAGCCGCGGGGCGCCAGAUCGAAGACGACGCCGGCGCUGCCGCGACGGCGCCGGCGCACGGCGCCGACGCGACGAUGAUGACCGUGCGCGACGCGCUCAACAGCGCGAUGGCGGAGGAGAUGGAGAGAGACCAGAAGGUGUUCAUCAUGGGCGAGGAAGUCGGCGACUACCAGGGCGCGUACAAGAUCACGAAGGGGCUCAUCCAGCGGUUCGGCCCCGAGCGCGUGCGCGACACGCCCAUCACGGAAGCCGGGUUCGCGGGGCUCGCGUGCGGCGCCGGGUUCAUGGGUCUCAAACCCGUCGUCGAGUUCAUGACGUUCAACUUCGCGAUGCAGGCGAUCGAUCACAUCGUGAACACCGCGGCGAAGACGCUGUACAUGUCCGCGGGGACCAUCUCUUGUCCGAUCGUGUUCAGAGGGCCGAACGGCGCCGCCGCGGGCGUGGGCGCGCAGCACUCGCAGUGCUUCGCCGCGUGGUACAUGUCCAUCCCGGGGUUGAAAGUCGUCGUGCCGUACGACGCGGAGGACGCGAGGGGGUUGAUGAAAGCCGCGAUUCGCGACCCGGAUCCGGUGAUCUUCCUCGAGAACGAGCUCCUGUACGGCGAGAGCUUUCCGAUCUCGAAGGAGGCGCUGUCGCCCGAGCACGUCGCGCCGCUCGGGAAGGCGCUCGUGAUGCGCCCCGGGAGCGACGUCACGCUCGUGAGCUUCAGCAAGAUGGUCGGCGAGUGCAAGAAAGCCGCGGAGGAGCUCGCGAAGGAAGGCAUCGACGCGGAGGUGAUCAACCUGCGUUGUCUGCGCCCGCUCGACCGAGACGCCAUCGCGGCGUCGGUGCGAAAGACGAACAGGAUCGUCGUCGUCGAGGAAGGGUGGCCGCAGGCGGGCGUCGGCGCGGAGAUCGCGGCGAUGGUCAUGGAGGACGCGUUCGAUCACCUCGACGCGCCCGUCGAGAGAAUCACCGGCGUGGACAUUCCGAUGCCGUACGCGAAGAACUUGGAAGACCUCGCGCUGCCGAAAGUCGCCGACAUCGUGCGCGUCGCGAAGCGGGUGUGCUACAAGUGAGCGGCGGCCUCGACCAGACGACGACGAUUCUUUCUUCUGUUUUGUAAUGUUAAAUUGAGUGAUUGACG